UGCAAAUUAAGUUUAUAGUUUCUGAAAUUUCUCUCUUUUUUUGAUUUCCAAAUCCUCAAAAUACAAAUAUCUUUAUGGCGAUCAUUGAAGGGAUUCUUACUAAUGGUGUAACAGAAAUAUUAAAAAAAUUGGUUCUCAUUAUUUCCCAAGAGAUUAAUUUGGCAUGGGGUGUCAAAGAUGAACUGAAAAAUCUUCAAGACACUUUAGAGAUGAUUCUUGCUGUGCUAGCUGAUGCGGAGAAGAGGCAAGUGACUGAAGAAGUUGUAAGACUUUGGCUGAGAAGGCUUAAAGAUGUUGCUUAUGAUGCGGAUGAUGUGAUGGAUGAGUUUUCCUACGAAACCAUGCGUAUGUGCGUAAGGGGGAACAACUUGAAGCAUAAGGCUCGUGAUUUCGUUUCAUCUGCCAACCCACUUGGAUUUCAUUACCAGAUGUCCAGGAAAAUCAAACAUAUCAAUCAGAGGUUAGAUGCAAUUACCAAAGAUAUGAGUAGUUUUCACUUGCAAACUACACCUGCUAGCUCUAUUCUCCCUGAAGAAAUCACCGAGCACCGGAGCCAACAAACCGCAUCCUCUGUUAAUGAGUCGGACAUUAUAGGACGGGAGGAUGAAAAGGAAAGAAUAAUUAAUAUGCUAACCGAAGUCAUCCCAUCAUCAUCUGGUAGCAAUCCAGAAAAGGUCUCUGUCAUAUCCAUAGUUGGGAUGGGAGGACUUGGUAAAACAAGUCUAGCUCAGCUCGUCUACAAAGAUGAGUUGGUAAAUAAGCAUUUUGAGCUAAAGAUAUGGGUGCAUGUAUCUGAAGAUUUUGAUGUGGAAAAGCUCUUAACAAAAAUUAUGGAGUCCUCAACUCAGAAUAAGUUUGAUACUUUAUCAAACUUCGACGUACUAGUAAAUAAAGUUCGAGAACAACUAAAUGGGAAGAGAUAUUUGCUAGUACUUGAUGAUUUAUGGAACGAAAUUUCCGAGAAAUGGGAGAGACUCUGUAGCCCCUUGCUUGUUGGUGCUGAAGGAAGUAAAAUAUUAGUCACUACUCGUAAAACUCAGGUUGCAAAUGUUGUGAAGCUGAGUAUUCCUCCUUACAAAUUGGAAAAAUUACAAGAUGAUACAUGUUGGUCUAUUAUUGAGAGAAAAGCAUUUGGUCCGGGUGGAGCGCUAAAGACGACAAACAUGACUAGAAUAGGGCGAGAGAUAGCAAGAAAAUGCAGCGGUUUACCACUUGCAGCAAAGUUCCUGGGAGGUCUAAUGCGCUCAAGAAAUGAAGAAGGCAAUUGGUUGUCUAUUCAAGAAAAUGAUAUUUGGAAUACACCAGAGAGUCAAAGCAAUAUCAUGCCAAUACUAAAAUUGAGCUAUGAUAACUUGUCCCCCGAGUUGAAACAAUGUUUCUCCUACUGCUCUAUAUUUCCCAAAGAUUGGGAGAUAAGUAGAGUAGAACUUGUUCAGCUAUGGAUAGCAGAAGGAUUUCUGAACGCUUGUAAAGUGGGGAACGGAAAAUCGAUUGAAGACGUUGCGAAUGAAUAUUUUGAGAGUUUGAUAUGGAGUUCAUUUUUAGAUGGUGUGCAAAAGAAUUUAUUGGAUGACAUAAAGACAUGCAAGAUGCAUGAUCUCGUCCAUGAUCUCGCACAAGCUGUUUUUGGGGAUCAGGAACUGGCGUCUCUCAAGGUGAGUGAGUUGAAUCAUAUUUCUAAAAUACGUCGGUUACAGUUAAUAUCAGAUGUAGAUUUAUCACUAUCAACAUUUCUGAAACGCUUAAGUAAUGCUAAGAAGUUGCGGACACUUUUUAUCCCUCAAAGUUCAAACCUCAUGGAUCCUUUUAUACUCUUCGAAAAUAAUCACUUACGUGUCUUACAUGUGGGUAGUGGUUUAGCAAAUUAUAGUGCUCGUCCAAAGUGGCGUUCUUUGGGUAUGCUAAAACAUUUAAGGUACCUCCGCCUCACCAGUCUUGAUCUUAGGGAAGUAAAGAAUGAUCAAUCUAUCAACAAACUUUAUAAUUUGGAGACGUUGGUGUUGAAUAACAUGGGUAUCGGUGUUCAAAUUCUUCUUAGGAACAUUCAAGCAUUACAAAAACUAAGAUAUCUUGAAGUCUCUUUCACGGAUAUGGUAGAACUACCUGAUUCUGUCACAAGCCUUUUUAAUUUGCAAACAUUGGAUCUCAAGAAUUGCGAAUUAAAAGUCAUUCCUGACUCUAUCUCUGGUCUAAAAAAUCUAAGAUUUCUAAAUCUGUCAUUCAACCCAAUUGAAGAAUUACCUGCUUCUGUCGCCACCCUCUCCAAUUUGCAAACAUUAGACGUCAACACUUGCAGAAACUUAAAAGCCUUACCAGAGUUUGUGGCAGGUCUUAGCAAUCUGAGGAUAUUUGGUUUCAAAAACUGUCCAUUACUGAAAGCAUUACCAGGAGAUAUCGGAGAAUUAACCCAAUUAAGGUCCCUUGAUCUAGAAGGUACCCAGGUCGAAGUAUUACCAGAGUCUUGUGCUAACCUGAUCAACCUUGAGUUUCUUUAUCUUUUCAACUGUGAGCUUCCCAAAGAUGUCAAAAAUUGGACAAAACUUAGAAUAUUUAUGUACAACUGGAGAAGUUAUGGCCCGAUGAUAUUGGGGGUCGGGAAACUAGUUCGCGUUAAAAAGUUGACUUACUCGGUGCCGGCAAAACUAGUAAAUGAAGCUGAAAGAAGUAACGUGCAUGGUAUUGAAGAGUUAGGAAGUCUGAACUUUCUUGAGAUGCUUGCUAUUAUAAAUCUUAGGAACGUGAAAGACCCAACAGAUGCUGCGAGAGCAAAUUUGAAAGGAAAACAGAACCUUUGUCAACUGAUACUAAGUUGGAAUGAAACAGAAGAUGAAGAAGACGAGUCGGGUAUGAUGAGUUGGGACAAGAAACAGUUGAAUAAUCUUCGAGUAUUUGAAGCUCUCCAACCUCCCACGAGUUUGAGAUAUCUGAUGAUACGAAAUUUCAUGGGGAGUGACUUUCCCAAGUGGAUGUGUGCUCUUCCAUCUGGUACUCUUCCUCAUUUGGAUAUGCUGGUGCUUGAUAACUGCAAGGGAAUUAAACAACUUCCAGCAGAAGCUAUUCGGCAGCUGCCGCGUCUCAGGUUUCUUGAGCUUGGAGGAAUGUCUUUGAAGAGUUUGGAUAUUGGCGGAUUUCCUUCCUUAGUUCAACUCAAACUUACUGAUAUGUUCUUUCUAGAAGAGUUGUGUGAUUCAUUUCCAUCUUAUCUUCAGGAUCUGAGGAUUAGUGGCUGCAAAAGUUUAGCGAAAAUCCCUUCAUUUCCUUGUCUGUUGUAUUUGGAAUUAAAGAAGGUCGACCCCAAGCUAGUAUGCUCAGUUGUUCAGACAUCUCUCACACAACUAUUUUUGGUGAAUAUUGAGGAGCUUAUAUACUUCCCUACAAGCAUACUCCAAAACAAUCGCAAUCUUCUAGUUCUGGUAAUUGACGGGUGCAAACAGUUCGAAGGCUUUGGUGAAAAUGAUGAUGGGAAUGAUGAGAACGUGGUUGCUACGUUUGGCUCACUUCAGAAAUUGCGAUUUUACGACAGCCCAGUUCUUAAGCAUCUUCCUCCGAAUUUACGAGGGUGGACUUCACUUCAGACGUUAGUCAUCUUCAACUGCCCACAAGUGAAGGAGUUUCUUACCUAUGAUCUCAAAUCCCUCUCGUUUCUCCAUUACCUGUUUGUAGAUUUUAUUCAAAGAGACGAACAGCGAGGAGGAGAUCCAUCUAGUAUAGACAACUUGAUUAAUUUGAUGAAGAACUAGCGGGUUACUACCACUCUCUUUUUCUCUCCUUAUAAUUUCAUAUGAUUGUAUAUUCAAUGAUCAUCACUAACUCUGGCUCCCGAAUUGAUCUUCAGGGUUGGUUAAUUUUAUUCUAGUACUUCCUAGAAUGCUUAAAGCUGAAUUACGUGGAAAAUUUGCUUCACGUACGUGUUUCCUUGAA